AUGGACUAUGAGAAUUCAAGUCCAACAUCUCAUUCGGCUAGAUACAAGCCUCUUGUCGACGCUGAUCUGGAGACUGAGCCAGGGGAGCUCAGAUGGGCUCUGAGAUGUGUGACGGUGGCCCCGGGACAUGGCUCCGAACCGGUUCGCUGUAAGCUGGUCGACUUCACCCUCGGCCGAGCCCAGCAAACGUACGAGGCACUUUCAUACACCUGGGGCGACCGGAUGGACCAAGCAACGAUCCAUCUGGACGACAAGCCCCUCGAUGUGACGAAGAACCUCGAAACAGCUCUGCGCUGUUUACGGAGACCGAGGGCGGAGCGAUUGCUAUGGGUCGACGCGAUUUGUGUUGACCAGAGCGACGUUGCCGAGGUCAACCUCCAGGUUCAGCGGAUGUGGGCGAUCUACCAAUACGCCUCGCGAGUCGUCGUCUUCUUAGGGGAAGAAAAAGCUGACAGCGUCCAGGCUGUCGCCUUGGUGGAAGCCAUAGCCAAAGACGUGAAGGUCGGCGACUACGACCGGAUUACGAGCAUGUUGAACGUCAUGAAAGCGAAGAGCUCGAGGCUGGCCCUUCAACGAUUGAUGAGGAGCCCCUGGUGGAGCAGAGCCUGGGUCGUGCAGGAGUUCUCCGUCGCCGCCGCCGUCGUCUUCGUCUGCGGGAGCGUCGAGAUGUCCUCGGAGGUGUUCGGAAAGGCGCUGGAGGUCCUCCUCGAUUACCGGUUCAACGCUGUCAUCCCGCCGCGACAAGAGUACUUCAUGAGGGAGAUCGCGGCGACGCCCAUCAGCCACCUCUGGACGGCACGGAAAGAAUACCAGGCGACGAAGCCGACACUGCCGAAGCGCGUUCCCCUGAGCCUGCUGUAUCGGUUCCGCGGGUUCGGAGCCUCGGACCCCAAGGACAAAGUGUUCAGCCUGUUCCACAUCAUGGGCGAGAUCGCAGCCCUGAGGCCCGACUACACGCGGUCGGUGCGAGAUCUCUUCAAGGAUAUCGUGCGGACCUCGAUCGAGCUCUCUGACGGUCUGCAAAUACUGUGCCAUCACAACAGGAUGGGGAAGAGCACCCUCGACCUACCGACGUGGUGCCCUGAUUGGUCCAUCAAAAGAGGUCAGAGAAUCCUCCUGUGGCAGAAUGGAUAUACUGCCGGCGGAGACAGCAAGCCUGUCGCCAGGUUUGAAGAGGACAAGCUAUGGCUACAAGGCAAGCUCUUGGACAGGAUUCAAUGGCUCGUGUCGUUUGAGCCAAAGGUAUUCAGGAACAAGGGCCUCCUCUUUGACCAGAUUAAAACCAUCGAGGCCAGGAUCGUCCAGCAGGGGAUCUCACAGCGGGGUGAGGGCGCAUCUUCCGUCCCCAGUCUCGAGUCGUUCCAUCGGACCAUCGUCGGGUCUCGAGUCCGGGAGAGAGGACCGCAGCACGGAGCCAUCGUGCUGGGUGAAUGCGACGCCGAGAUGUACUGGGACGCAUGGCACGAGCAGAUGAUUGCGGCCCCUCAUGAUGCACUGCACGGAAAGGCCAAGGUGUACAACGAUGCCAUCUACAGCGCGUUAGCGGGACGGUCGUUCUUCGCGACGGAGAAAGGGCACAUUGGCUUGGCCGAUAACCCGGCAGACGCGGGCGACGUCGUGGGGGUGUUUCCCGGCAGUCGUGUGUUAUUCUGUCUGCGAGAGACGACGUCCCGGCCCCCAAGAGCAGUUGGGGGGUCUGAGGAUCGGUUCGAGUUGAUCGGGGAAUGCUACCUGCAUGGCUUUAUGGACGGUGAAGCAGCCUCGGGCGAUGAGGACACGUCCAGUCUCUGUUUGAUAUGA